CCCAGGCCAAAAACACGGCAGCCGCUUUCCUUACAAGGAAUUUGGCUGGAGCUCAGCUGGCAAACACUGCCAGGGAAGGGACUUCUCCCUCUCUCAGCCUCAUUCAUUCAAGUCAGAUCCAGGAGACCAGCAGCUGUCAAGAGCGAGCGGUUGCCUCUUGGUUGUCCGCCGCAGAGACCUGGCUUCAGACUCGCUUCCCCUUCCACCCCCAUCCCCAUCGGUCCCCAGAGUUUUAGAGAGAGCUUUUCUGCCAGCUGGACACCGAUUUAGCCUGGGUGGAUGGAUGGAUGGAUGGAUGUCUAACCUGGGCUGAAUUUCUCCAGCGUUCUUUGAUGGGGCUCCUGUUGUAACCUGAAGAGUUGAAAGAUGUCUUCCAUGUUUGGCAAACCUCGAACUGCCCCUUGGGCGAAUGACCGCCACCUUCCAAACCUUCUGCAGGAGUGCAAUGUGGCCAUCCUGGGCUGUCAAGGAUCUGGGAAAUCAGCGCUAACGGUGAAGUUUCUUACCAAGAGGUUUAUAAGCGAAUACGACCCUAAUCUGGAAGACACUUAUGCCUCGGAAGAGAUAGUAGACCAACAUCCUGUCUUGCUCAAGGUGAUGGAUACAGCCGAUCAGGACAUACCGGUGGGCUGUGAGAGGUAUCUGAACUGGGCCCAUGCCUUUCUAGUAGUCUACAGCAUUGAAAACCGGAAGAGCUUUGAAGGAUGUCAGCAGUACCUGGAUCUCAUUGCCCUCCACUUGAAGAACAGCUUCCAUGAAUCCCCAGUUCUCCUGAUAGGGAACAAGCUGGAUAUGGAACAGUAUAGACAGGUCACCAAAGCCGAAGGGAUGUCUCUUGCCACCAAGUACGGCUCCUCCUUCCAUGAAGUCUCGGCAUGCCUGGAUUUCGAGUCCGUACAGCACGUUUUCCACGAGGCGGUACGGGAAGUGAGAAGAGAGUCGGACAGACCUCUGGCAGUCCGGCCCUUGUUCAUCAUUGAAGAGAAGCCCUCAGCUCACCUGGUCCCAACUGCCACCAUUGCCUCCACCUACAACUCCCUCUCCACUGUCAACUACAAAGAGGUCCCUUCCGUUGCCCGGGCCAAGCUGGUCACCGUCAAAUCCUCCAGAGCUCAAAGCAAGAGGAAGGCUCCAGCAUUGACUUUGCUGAAGGGGUUUAAGAUAUUCUAAGCAGGAAUUCUGCAAGGCCAGUUCCAAGGUAGAACAAGGAACGUAGCUGUGGCUCAGAUGGGUUCUUGAAUCCCCAUGCAAGGACGGGGCCAUUUUGAGUAGCCAUCUCUUGGCCUUUCCUGCAGCCCAAGUGGCCCGGAUAAGAAUGCAGCAAAGCAUUCUGAGAAAAGACCAUGAAUUGACAGUGGACAAACUACAGAUGAAGCCACCAGGUGGGGAAGGUGGUUCUAAACCUUUUUCUUGGUCAUAAACAUGUGGAGGAUUCUGCCACGUGUUGCUUGAGCAAUCGAUGGGAAGAAUCCCAUGGAAAGAGUUUGCUCUUGAGAGGUCUUUUCUUGGGACUGAAUAGAGAUUUGGAAAGCCAGAGAAGCUACAACCAGCCAAAGAAAAAUUCUACCAUGAAAGCGAAGGCAUAGAAUAUCAGAAUUGGAAGGGUCCUUUGAGAUCUUCUAGUCCAACCCCCUGCUCAAGCAGGAGACCCUAUACCAUCCCAGACAGAUGGCUGUCCAGUCUCUUCUUAAAAGCCCCCAGUGAUGGAGCAACCACAACUUCUGGAGAUGAGCUGUUCCACUGAUUAAUUUUUCUAAUGGUCAGGAAAUUUCUCCUUCAUUCUAGGUUGCUUCUCUCCUUGAUUAGCUUCCAUCUGUUGUUUCUUUUCUUGCCUUUGAGUGCUUUGGAAUUCUGGACAUUUGAAAAUUUGGACAUUCAUGCCCACUCCAUGUUUGCCGUGUCCCUAAGUGGUUAAGAAAAACCACACUCCACGUCACGAUUUCACCAAUGUUCUUUUUCUUAAUUCCCACUUUAAGUUCUCUUCCAUCAAUAACAGAAAGAUGGUUUGAAAAACAAAAAACCACAGAAUUGUUCAACCAGAGGAAGAAAUAAUAAUAUACAGCCCUUAUCUACCCCCCCCCACAGUGUUUGGAGGAGCCCUUUGUAGAAAGAAAAUAAAAGAAGGACAAAGGGGGCAAGCACAAAAUGGACAAAUGGACACAGAAGCACAAGCAAAGGGAAUAUGACUGUGAGCACCAAUAAUGGGUUUUAUGAUGAUUUCCCUUGGAUUGACAAAAUGUAGAUUGUGUAGAUGCACAGUGCCCUCUAGCGUUCCUGGACAGAUAAUGAAAUAUUUUCAGUCCUUUGUCCUUGUGUUAAUUUUCCUAAUCAGUUUGAAUUGAUUAGUCAUAUAAUCAGAUUAACAGAGUUGGAAGGGACCUUGUAGGUCAUCUAGUCCAACCCCCCGCCCAAGCAGGAGACCCUACACCGUUUCUGACAAAUGGCAGUCCAGUCUCUUCUUGAAAGCCUCCAGUGAUGAAGCUCCCACAACUUCUGAAGGCAACUUCUGUUCCAUGGGUUGAUCGUUCUCAGUGUCAGAAAAUUUCUCCUUAUUUCCAGGUUGAAUCGUUUCUUGAUCAGUUUCCAUCCAUUAUUCCUUGCCUGGCCCUCAAGUGCUUUGGAGAAUAGCUUGACCCCCACUCCUCUCUGUGGCAGCCCCUCAAAUAUUGGAAGACUGCUAUCAUGUCUCUCCUGGUCCUUCUCUUCACUAGACUAGCCAUGCCCAGUUCCUGCAACCAUUCAUCGUAUGUUUUAGCCUCCAGUCUCCUAAUCAUCCUGGUUGCUCUUCUCUGCACUCUUUCUACAUCUUGUUUAUAGUGUGGUGACUAAAGCUGGAUGCAGUAUUCUAGGUGUGGUCUUACUAAGGCUUUAUAGAGUGGUAUUAGCACCUCACAUGAUCUUGAUUAUAUCCCUCCGUUAAUGCAAUUUAGGAUGGCAUUGGCUUUUUUGGCUGCCGCCGCACAUUACUGACCCAUAUCUAACUGGUUGUCCACUAAGACUCCAAGAUCCCUCUCACUGUUACUGCGAUUAAGCCUGGUUUCACCCAGCCUAUAGAGUCCUAAUCAUUUGUCCUAAUCAACGUGAAAAAACUGCCGGCAUUGAAUCACGAUCCAUGGUUAGCCAUUGGGUUCACUAUUGUAGCACCCAUGAGCACUAAUUUGCACAAAUCCUGUCUUGGGCACAGCAGGCUCAGACCCUCCUGCCAAUCAAAGACGUCUCUUCUGAACCCCAAACCUGCCUGCCGCACUCCAACUGCCAAGCCGCCUUACUUUCGUGGUCAAUGUCAACCAGGCCCCAGCUAAUUAAACAAAGCCUAGCUAAACCGACGGCUCAUGGACAAAUUCCACCAGAGUCAGAAAGUUAAAAGGACACCGUAUCAAAACAUGCAAGGAAGGGAAGCAAGACAGGUGCCCCAAACUGGGAGGAUCACAGGUGUGGCAUGGCAAUAAAGCAAUGAUGAAAUCCAAUUUUUUUUACUACUGGUUCUGUGGGUGUGGCUUGGUGGGCGUGACUUGGUAGGCGUGGCAUCCUGCAGAUUUUGAUAUACUGUAUCCCUAGCAAUAGCAUUUAGACUUAUAGGCCACUUCACAGUGCUUUUACAGCCUUCUCUAAGCAGUUUACAGAGUCCGCACUUCACGGUGCUUUUACAGCCUUCUCUAAGCAGUUUACAGAGUCCGCCUAUUGCCCCCCAACCAUCUGGGUCCUCAUUUUAUCCACUUUGGAAGAACGGAAGGCUGAGUCAACCUUGAGCCUGGAGGGAUUUGAACUGCCAAAUUUCAGGCAGUCAGGAGAAGGAGCCUGCAGUACUGCAUUCUAACCACUGCACCUCAGCGGCUAGAGGUUACUGCUACUUAUUUCCCAUUGAAUGUAUUGGUGGGCAUUGCAGAAAAGACGAAGGCAUGGUUUUCAUUAGAAAGAAUGGCAUUUUACCACCUUCAGAUAGAUCUAGAGAUCCAGGAAUCUUGAAAAAGGCUUUUUAAUGGACUUUGGCUUGGAUUGGUGGUAAAAAUAUUCCUUUAGUUUCCUUGGAAGUCGCCAUGCUUCUCACAUAACUGCUUGAGUUCUCCUUAGAGGACAAGGGGGGGAAAAAGCCCCUAAAACUUGUUUGAUCUGAUCUACUUCAGCCCUAAAAUUAGAAGUAGGGGAGUGUCUGUGGAGAUUGUCAGUCAUCCAGGUAUAUCAUGGUUGUCCCAAAGGUGCUUUUUCAAGAGGCAACUGGAGUUUGUUUUUCCUUGAAGAUGUUUCGCUUCUCAUCCGAGAAGCUUCUUCAGCUCUGAAGAGCUCUGAAGAGCUGAAGAAGCUUCUUGAUGAGAAGUGAAACAUCAGCCUAGCUGCUAUGGCCUAGAGGUGAAGCUCUUGCCUCACAAUCAGGAGGUUGUGAGUUUGAUCCUAAGUAGAGGCAGAUGUAGCUUGGGUAGGGGGUUGGACUAGAUGACCUGCAAUGUCCCUUCCAACUCUGUUAAUCUGUUAAAUCUUCAAAGAAAACCAGAAAGUCCAGUUGCCUCUUGAAAAAGCAUCUUUAGGAGUAGGGGAGGUUACAUUCAACAAAUUUAGUCAUGGGGCAGAUAUGAUCUCAAAAGACACGGGACAUCCCUCUUUCCUUUCCUUUUUUCUUUUCUUUUCUGUUCUUUUUUUAAAUUUGCAUUUAUAUCCCGCCCUUCUCCGAAGACUCAGGGCGGCUUACACUAUGUUAGCAAUAGUCUUCAUCCUAUUUGUAUAUUAUAUACAAAGUCAACUUAUUGCCCCCAACAAUCUGGGUCCUUUCUUUCUUUCUUUUUUUUACACAUAUGAAACAAUAGCCUACAGCAGCCAAGAUAAUUGUUCCAAAAAGAAUUUGGAGGGUUGACAUUGAGACAUCUGGAGAAUAUCUGGAUUAGGCUGAAGUGCAUUACAGAAAAGACCAAAUAAUCUAUCUGGUUUUCAUUGGAAAGAUUGGCAUUAUAUUACAGAAAGAUAGAUCUAGAGAUGUAGCAGCCUUUAAAAAGCCUUUUAAUGGACUUUGGCUUGGACUAAGGGGGAAAAUAUUAACCUAGUUUCCUUGGAAGUCACAAUGCUGCUCAAAUAUCAUCCAAAGCUCUCAUCAUAAUCUAGCCUUCCCCCAUCCCUUUUCUUCGUUUAAAAUUUUGGAGGCUCCCAACUGUCUGAAAGUAUUACCUUCUAUAACGCAGCUAAUAUUGGCAUAACAGAGCCACCAAGGGCAUCCAUAGAAAAGGUCCAAAUAGAUCCAGAUCAGGGGUGAAAUGCUCCCGGUUCAGACCGGAUCGGUUGAUCCGGUAGCGAUUGCGGUGGGUGGUUCAGAGAACCAGUAGCAGAAAUCCCUGCCCCCGCACUCAUGCCCAGCUGAGCCACGCGAUCAUCAGAGGUGGGGUUUUUUUUUUACUUC